AUGCAAAUCCGUUUCUAGCAGAAAACCAGAAUGGUUGUAGAAUUUUGAUGCCGACAUUUCGGACCUUUCCAGAAAACUUGUGUUGCGUCAAUACGCGACCAUUAAGAAUCUUUGUUCAAUAUCAAAUUUAAGGUGUGAACGAUUGCUAACCUUAUUACAUUAAUACUGUUGUUGUGCUCUUUGGGAACUAUGAAUUAUGUCACUGGUUCUCUGAUUUUAAAGCGCAUUGGAAAUUUUGUUCUUAAACGGAACCACGCUGCUGUCUUGAGUGGAUUGGGAGCUGCACAAGCAGAAAGAAAUAUGUCUGACAAAGGGAAGGAGUCCAAAGAGGAAUUGAAGAAAAGGCUGAGUCCAAUUCAAUAUCAUGUUACUCAAGAAAAGGGAACUGAAAGAGCAUUCACCGGAAAGUACAACAAAACUAAAGAUGCUGGCAUUUACAGCUGCAUUGUUUGUUCUCAUGACUUAUUUUCAUCCUCAACUAAGUUUGAAUCUGGAUGUGGAUGGCCAGCAUUUAGUGAUGUUAUCGAUCAAGGCCGAGUGAAGCUCAGCAAGGAUGCAUCACACGUUGGAGCCAACCUGCUAUUAUUGAUCGCGAACCCAGGUAUGGUCCGGACGGAGGUGACGUGCUCCAACUGCGGUGCACACCUGGGACACGUGUUCAACGAUGGACCCAAACCGUCGCGCAAGAGAUUCUGCAUCAACAGUGCAUCCCUCGACUUUCGCCAAUGUGACCCGUCUGGUACCAACCUUGUGAACUUACAGUGAUACUUUAAUUAUAUUAUUAAAAUUUGUUAAUUUCUGUGUAGUUGACAUUUUUGUUACGUCUGCUUCAUAAUUGGAGAAAAUGCUCACUUUGUUAGUCUUCUUGGCCUUCGACUGGUUCAGGAUUUUACUGUCGGUAGUGCUCUUUUUUCUGUAACACUCAUUUUUAAAUCCCUCAUCAGUUGGAUAAUUAUUUGGCUUGGAUAUUAUUUGUAUUUUUUAAAAUAAUAAUGACAAUUAGGGCUCUUUUACGGGUUAACAAGAGGGGGUAAUUUAACAAUUUGUUUGUUACCUGAGGUAAUAAAGUACAGAGGCUGUUAAUCUCUUAUAAAACAGUGAAAGGUAGUGUUGCUCUGAUUAUAAUUAAGAAAAAUCUGUUUUCAUUUAAGUGUUUGCUAAAUCAAGAAAAAUAGACAUUGUUGGAAAUAGGACCAACAUUCAACAAAAGCGGUGCAUUUUAAAUGUGGUACACAAGUGGACAAGUGUAUAUGCAUGAAAAUUACAUGCCUGAUGGAUAGCCAAAGUUUGCACAUGUUUUUGCUGAUGUUUGGACCUAUUGAUAAAACUCAAGCACACCCUUUUGUAAUUAUACUUACAAAUUAAAUUUUGCUCUCUAUGCUAUUAAUUUUAGUCACUUUAAUUUGGUCACCAGCAUAAGAAUAACUUUUUAUGGAAGACAAUGGAUACUCAAUACCAGUCCAUACUUAAGAUGGAUAUUUUUGUAUGGAUAUUUUAAAGGUGGUCAGAGUUAAGGUCUUAAACUUCUUACUUUUGUACCUGUUAAAGUGCAACCGUGAGAGUUCAAUUAUUUACUUUGUACUUGACUUUCUAUUUGAAAGUGACCAGUUUGAUAUUGGAUUGUUUAAGAUGAUGAUGUAUGACAUUUCACGUGAUCAUUACAAUGUUACUACUUAUACUAUUCUACUUAAUUUGGGUGAAAGCUAAUUAAUACAGUAACAGCUAGUCAACUUUAAGUGAUUAAUCAAACCUAUUUAUUAAUAAAUAUAUUUUUGAGACGCUAA